AUGACAUCAGCAGCAUCCCUCCUGAGCUUUGCUCUUUUCGCCAGCCUUGUCACCUCAAGUCUGAGCGCCCAGGUUCAGUGGGCAGGACGCACAUGGAAUAUUCGCAGCACCAACGGCGGUCUAGAGGGUCCCGGCCCGAACUACUUCUCCGACUCGACGACCAACGUCUUCGUCAACAGCGCCGGCGCGCUGAGACUGCAGGUCACCAAAACCGCUGGGGCGUGGGUCUGCGCUGAGAUCAUGUCGCCCAAUAGUUUCGGCUACGGCACCUACGAAUGGAAGAUCACUUCCGGCGCCGGUAACCUUGACCCAAACGUCGUUCUCGGCCUCUUCACGUACGAUGAUAACCCCGAUCAGGCCCACCGUGAGAUCGACAUCGAGAUGGCCCGUUGGGGGCUGACCCCGGCUCAGGACGGCUCCAACGCGCAGUGGGUCGUUCAGCCAUGGGACGGCACGAACCAUCUUCAGAGGUGGCUGGCGCCCAACCCUAGUUCCACCUCCCCCCUGAUCGUCUCCUACAAGUGGAUCCCCGGUAAAAUUUACUGGGCGGCCAGUCAGAACGGCCAGCUCAUCAGCACCAAGAACUACACCGCCGCCGACGUGCCCACCCCCGGCGCGGAGAUUAUUCACAUCAACCUGUGGCUGUACCAGGCGGACCCGAACGUCGUGGCGGGGCCGAAAAACGGCAAGACGGCGUCAGUUCUCCUGUCGGACUUCGAUUUCACACCGUAUUAGGCCGGCGGUUUUGGUGUGCUAAACCCGGAUUUGCGGUUCGCGAGAUGAGAGCUGAGGGUUGAAUUUACCAGAUUCCACGGUUGGACUACUUUAUGGGGUUGAGGGUUUGAAUACGAAGUCAAAAGGAUUUUAGAGCGGGUUGACAUCCAAACGGCUGGUCUAAGCGAGAGAAACGGGCAAAGGCUUCCUCGUACAGGUUUACCCGGUUGGUGUUGUACGGCGUGUUAAACGGCGGAUGACAAGAAUCCGAUUUUCAAGGGACCAAACCCUUGCGUCAGAAGAGUUUACGCUAAUCCUUUAGCGGCAGCUUGUACAAUAGGCCUUGCUAAGAGUUUCGAGAUUUUCUUUUGGAUCUGGGGAUCGGGGUGCGAUAGGGAAACAGCGGGAGUGAUGCCUUCGGAUGGAGACGAGGUUUCAGGUUUUCAGCUUGUGCAAUAUUGUUCUCUUCUUUCAGUGUAAGACGUCAAACGGAGCGUUAAAGGAGCGUUGCUAGUGUAGAAUUCGAGUGUUGGAAAACGG